AUGGCAGCAAACCACUAUCAUGACGCCUCCCAACCAGAGCAUUCACAGACUCCUCAACCAUACUAUCAACCCUACAAUGCCGCACCACCACAAUACCGGGCGUCGCCAGCUCCCCCCGACUCAUCGCAACCUCACUCACGAGCUCCAUCGGCAAGACCAUCAGACCUGUCCCCAGUUUCGCCCUUCGAGGCACCCUUCGAUGACCACGUUUAUCCGAUGGAAAGGCCAGCAUACCGAUACGAUAGUUCGAGCACAUUAGGCCAAGAUUCAGGACGGUAUGCGCAGGGAGGUGGAGGACGACAGGACCCAGCGGACACUUUCCGAGACGAUAUCCCCAUGCGCGAUCGUCCUAGUGUGCCACCGAAAGAUACUGGCACAGAUCAUGUUUAUGAUGCAGGGGAUCCAAGAGCGCCAACUCCUUUGCAAACCAAUCCCUCUCUUGAGGACGGAAGAAGAAGUCGGAAGAGUGGCAUGGGCUUCUUUAAAACCUCCAAGAGAAUACCAUGGGUCGUAUACACACUCACACUUAUCCAGGUGGCGGUGUUUAUUGCAGAGGUAGUGAAGAAUGUGAAACUCACCGGAUCACCUAUUCAGAUUCAUCCGCAAUUCAACCCCAUGAUUGGCCCAUCUCCCUACGUCCUAAUCAAUAUGGGAGCACUCUACAUGCCCUGUAUGCACAACGUUAAAGAAGUGCAAGGUAGCAAUGUGACUGUACAAUGGCCUUGCCCGAAUACGGUCUCGAAUGAUGGACCUAGUUGUACCCUGGGCAAGCUUUGUGGAUUCAACUUUCCGGACUCUUGGGAACCAAAAUAUAAUGGAGAUGUAGAUCAAACACCAGAGCCCAAUCAAUGGUAUCGAUUUAUCCUCCCUAUAUUUCUUCACGCUGGAAUUAUUCAUAUUGGGUUCAAUAUGCUAUUACAGAUGACGAUUGGCCGCGAGAUGGAAGUUAUUAUUGGGCCGAUUCGAUUCUUUUUGGUCUAUAUGGCUAGUGGGAUAUUUGGCUUCGUCCUAGGUGGCAAUUUCGCCGUUACGGGAAUAGCAGCAACAGGAGCAUCUGGAUCUCUCUUUGGGGUUCUCGCGUUGACUAUUCUGGAUCUUCUUUACAAUUGGCGGGAGAGAAAAUCGCCAUGGAUACAGUUCACCUUCAUCAUGUUCGCCGUUGUUAUCUCUUUCGUCCUAGGCCUAUUACCAGGCCUCGACAACUUCUCUCACAUCGGCGGCUUCCUCAUGGGUCUCGUACUUGGUAUCUGCAUUCUCCAUUCUCCGACCUCGUUACAAAAACGCAUUGGCCAAGAUCCCCCUUAUACGCCAAUAAACCACAUCACUUCUGAUGAUACAAAUACCAAUACGGGCAUAACUAAUUUUGCCAAGGCUCCUCUUGGAUUUUUCAAGGGCCGAAAACCAGCAUGGUGGGCUUGGUGGCUCGUCCGAGCUGCAUCAUUAGUGUUCGUGUUUAUUGUCUUCAUUCUACUGCUCAACAACUUCUACAAAUACAAGAAGACAUGCAGCUGGUGCCGGUAUCUGAGUUGCAUCAAUAUUCAUAACUGGUGCGACACGGGUAACUUGCAAUUCACACCAACGAAUUCUACCACGAACACUACAAGUAAGAGGAGCGUAUUUGAUACCUGGGAUUCGAUGGCAAAGCUGUAUUAG